AGGAGGGCUUAGAAGGGAGCGCACUUCCUGUGCCCUUUCUCCCGGGAGCACCUGGGGCCCGGACCCUCGUGUGAAGGGUGCUGUCCCUAAACUGGAGCGCGGUACAGGCGGGCCGGCACCCGCUGCGGACCACUGGUGCCGCCGGCCUCAGGACCCAACAUGGCCCAGAACUUGAAGGACUUAGCUGGACGGCUGCCCUCUGGGCCCCGGGGCAUGGGCACGGCCCUGAAGCUGCUGCUGGGGGCCGGCGCCGUGGCGUACGGCGUCCGCGAGUCAGUGUUCACCGUGGAAGGAGGGCACAGAGCCAUUUUCUUUAAUCGGAUCGGAGGCGUGCAGCAGGACACCAUUCUGGCCGAGGGCCUUCACUUCAGGAUCCCCUGGUUCCAGUACCCCAUCAUCUAUGACAUUCGGGCCAGACCCCGAAAAAUUUCCUCCCCCACAGGUUCCAAAGACCUGCAGAUGGUGAACAUCUCUCUGCGGGUGCUAUCCCGACCCAAUGCCAUGGAGCUUCCCAGCAUGUACCAGCGCCUGGGGCUGGACUACGAGGAGCGAGUGUUGCCGUCCAUUGUCAACGAGGUGCUCAAGAGCGUGGUGGCCAAGUUCAACGCCUCCCAGCUGAUCACCCAGCGGGCCCAGGUGUCCUUGUUGAUCCGAAGGGAGCUGACAGAAAGGGCCAAGGACUUCAGCCUCAUACUGGAUGAUGUAGCCAUCACUGAGCUGAGCUUUAGCCGAGAGUACACAGCUGCUGUAGAAGCCAAACAAGUGGCCCAGCAAGAGGCCCAGCGAGCCCAGUUCUUGGUGGAAAAAGCGAAGCAGGAACAACGGCAGAAGAUCGUGCAGGCCGAGGGUGAGGCUGAGGCCGCCAGGAUGCUGGGAGAAGCUCUGAGCAAGAACCCAGGCUACAUCAAGCUACGCAAGAUCCGGGCAGCCCAGAACAUCUCCAAGACGAUCGCGACGUCACAGAAUCGUAUCUAUCUCACUGCUGACAACCUUGUGCUGAACCUACAGGACGAAAGUUUCACCCGGUGAGAGAUGUGGCCUUCACGUGGGGUGUCAACACAGAACAAGGCUGGAGUCUGGCCACUUGGGCUCUGGAGCCUGUUACCAGCUUAUUCAUGUGACCCUUGGAAACACCAUUUCUCUGAACCAAAGUUAGGAAAGUGGGUGGUUGAGAAUUCCAAACUUGAAUCUCACAGGAUUGAUUUUUGAGGUCAAAUAGAAUUAUUCAUGUAAAAAGCACUAUAAUUGUAAAGUUUUGUUUAGCUAAAAAGUGGUGAAAGAGGGUAUUCGGUAUUCAUACACCAGAGCUGUUCUGAGGGAAAGAAAGGAAGCAGAGGUGAGAAAUGGCAGUGGCCAAGGGAGCAUGUCUCUUCCUUUCCAGAGCCUGAGGUUCCCGGCUUCCAACAUGAUUGUCUUUCUUUCUUGGGAGCAAAGGAGGGUUUAGAGCUGGGUGGGGCCUGAAACAGUCCAAUCACAUGUACCUUUCUCUUGUCUUUGUGUUCCCUGUUCUUCUGGUGACCUGGCGUCCACAGGGGAAGUGACAGCCUCAUCAAGGGUAAGAAGUGAGCCUGGUGACCAAGAACUCUGCCCCCAGGGAGGAAGUGGAUCUGUUUCUCUGCUGGUUUUUGAGGAGCCAACUUGGGGCCCAGCACACCCCAUCCCGCCCCCACUAUCAUGUGAUGGUCCCUCUGCAUCUGUCCUCCCAGCCCUUCUUGGAUGAACAAAGACUGACCAUUUUCAGGGGAAUGACUUUCUUCCUGGUAUUGGCCAGGGGUGUUGGGACGCAGUGUGAUUUCUCAGUGAUUUCCUACAGCGUUGGUUCCUCCCUCGUGGUCAGGAGGCGAUAACCACCACCCCGGAGAUUCACAAUAAAUUUUUACUACUUAAAGCUGAA